AUGUCUCGUGAAGUGAUGGUCGAAGACGGAGGUUCCCUCAUCGGAAACACCCCUCUCUUCAAGCUCAACAAGAUCGGAAAAGGUCUCGGAGCUUCGAUCGCCGUCAAGAUCGAGUACAUGAAUCCGGCGUGCUCCGUCAAGGAUCGCAUCGCCUACAACAUGAUCGACACCGCCGAGAAGGCCGGACUGAUCACCCCCGGAAAGACUGUGCUCAUCGAGCCGACCAGUGGAAACAUGGGAAUCGCGCUGGCCUACUGCGGAAAGCUCCGUGGCUACAAGGUGAUUCUGACGAUGCCCGCCUCCAUGAGCAUCGAGCGUCGUUGUCUUCUGAAGGCCUACGGGGCCGAGGUGAUUCUGACGAACCCGGCGACGGCUGUGAAGGGAGCCGUGGAAAGAGCCGAGCAGCUGAGGGACGUCAUUCCGAACGCCUACAUCCUGAAUCAAUUCGGAAAUCCAGCCAAUCCGGAGGCUCACUACAAGACGACUGGGCCGGAAAUCUGGAAACAAUCUCAAGGGAAAGUGGAUAUUGUCUGUUUCGGAGUGGGAUCCGGAGGCACUUGUACUGGAGUCGGACGGUAUUUGAAGGAAAAGAAUCCGAAUGUGAAAGUGUACCCAGUGGAACCAUUCGAGAGCUCCGUCAUCAACGGACUCCCACACUCUCCACACAAAAUCCAAGGUAAAUUGAGGUUCGCGUUUCCUUCAAACGUAUGUGUUUUCUUUGCAGGAAUGGGGACCGGAAUGAUCCCGGACAUCUUGGACCUUUCUCUGUUCACCGAGGCCCUCCGUGUGCAUUCGGACGAUGCGAUCGCGAUGGCAAAGCGGCUGGCCGACGAGGAAUCCAUCCUCGGAGGGAUCUCGUCGGGAGCCAACGUGGCGGCGGCCGUUCAGUUGGCAAAGCGCCCUGAAAACAAGGGAAAACUGAUUGUGACCACUGUCAACAGCUUCGGAGAACGUUAUUUGUGAGUGCUCCCGUUCGGAACACCAUUGAUUAUUGAAUGAUUGUUCAGAUCGACUGUUCUGUACUCUGAGCUCCGCGAGCAAGCCGCCAAUAUGCAGCAACUAGAUCUCGAGGAUUCCAUCAAAACCGUCAAGGCCUAUUUGGGAAUCUAA